CUCAACUCGCCGGUCCGGUAGUCUUCACGAGCCACCUUUCUCACUAGCUCACGUCGUCUCUCGCUUUUUAAACAGAGAAAAAUCUCGACUUUCCUUGCCAUCGAUCUACGGAGGGUUUGAAUCCGUGGUAGGCCACCGUGUUCUAUAUCUCUUGUACAGCUGCUUCGAAGAAUCGGAUCUUCUGAGGGGUUUGAUGAAGGAGGAGACUGACAUGGAACAUGAUGGGCGGAAUUGUACUAACGAUUCCGAUCCACUACUUGAGAAUCAGGCCACGCUCUCUGAGGGGAGCUCUGAUGAUAUAAAUGAUGAGGAUAUCGAAGCGGCCUCUCAAGCGUGCUGCCGCAUCUGCCUUGAGUCUGAUGAUGAAGAACUGAUUUCCCCUUGUAUGUGCAAAGGUACCCAGCAAUUUGUUCAUCGUUCUUGUCUUGAUCAUUGGCGUGCAGUAAAGGAAGGGUUUGCUUUCUCUCAUUGUACAACAUGCAAGGCUCAGUUUCAUCUUCGAGUUGAGUUGUUGGAGGAUAAUUCUUGGCGGAAAAUGAAAUUUCGCAUCUUUGUAGCCAGAGAUGUUUUCCUUGUUUUUCUGGCUGUUCAAACUGUAAUUGCUUUUCUUGGUGGUUUUGCAUAUUUCUUGGACAGAAAUGGAGACUUCAGGAACUCUUUUACUGAUGGUUGGGAUCACAUUUUGUCGAAGCAUCCAAUACCCUUCUACUAUUGCUUAGGAGUGCUUAUAUUUUUGGUGCUGCUCGGAUUUUUCGGCCUGAUCCUACACUGUUCAUCCUUCGGCAGUAAUGAUCCAUGCAUGGCUGGCUGCCGCAACUGCUGCUACGGUUGGGGCAUCCUGGACUGCUUUCCCGCAUCUAUGGAGGCUUGUUUUGCCCUCGUAGUCAUAUUCGUCAUCGUCUUCGCCAUCCUUGGAAUUGCUUACGGUUUCCUUGCUGCAACAAUGGCCAUCCAAAGGAUCUGGCAGAGGCAUUAUCACAUCCUAACAAAGAGGGAGCUUACCAAGGAGUAUGUUGUGGAGGAUCUGCAUGGCUGUUACACACCUCCAAAGAUGGAUCCAGAGCAUGAAGAGAGACUCAAACUGCUGAAGCUUCUGUGAAUUCAGUGAUGUGAAACUUAAUAAUCAGUCGCUGGCUGCGCGUUAAAUUGUUUAUGUCGCUGUAUAUGAAUCGGUUGAUGUGGAGAGUUGUUAUUGUCGUGAGAACAAUAGGCAGUUGUGUUAUUGUUGUAGUUAUUUUCUUCACUCUUGCGAAGUAGUCGAAUUUGAUUUUAUUGUUUAGGGGCAUUUACAUGCAUACUGCCCAAUUCCUAUGUAUUUAUAUAUCCAACA